AUGCAUACGGUACCAAGUAUAUGCCCUUUUUCCGGCUGUGGCAAAAGCGUUGAUGUUGAUGAAACUCAGAGACGGGACUCUGUAUCUUCUCAAAUAAGUGGCACAUCAACUCUAGUUGAUGAAUUUACUCAUAAUAUUGAGAUUAAUUCGCAAAGAAUUUUCUCCCAGGAUCGAGACGUGGAUAUGGCCGAGGAAAAUAGCGAUAAUACACGUCACGAAAUCUUAAGAGCAUAUUACUUCUUUGGAGAGGAACUGGAGAAACGUCUCACCAACUAUAAACAAUAUAUGGAAGAGCAUGAGGCCCAGAAGAAAAUCAACGAAGAAGUCAGAGAUCAGCUCCAAAAGAAGUUACUAAACAUGCACUCCGAAAGAAAACAGAAAGAGCCAGAAAAGAGAAAAGUUCUAGAUUGCAUAAAAAAAGAUCUUGAAGAAGUGGCAAAUUUAGACGAUUUUGAUAUGACUCGCAAGAGAAAAGCUCAAGAUAUCCUCGACAACUGGAAGUUCGACGCUUGGCGCAAGCUGGGUCUGCUAGCCUCCAGUGACGAACUGCUAGUUCGACGCCUAAAUUGGACUGCACAAAAGAACCCAAAACGUUCUGGCGCAAAGAUUGAGAAUCUUCAGGUAAAGAAGAUAAAGCAGUUCAAUCACGCGACCCAAUUCAACAAUAGCCAUAAUAUAAUGUUUGGAGGACAUCAAGAAAUAAUAAAUACCGAAGGAACUUCAACUCAGGAAGGAGAACCUUCUUCGGCUGGGAUGAGACUUAGGGAAAAAAAGAAAGUCUGUUAUAUCGAAAGCCCAACAGUGACGGAUUCCUCUGGUUCGGAAUACCAAGAUAAACCUAAGAAGAUCAAAACGAAUAAAGAAACGAAAAUAAGAAGUUCUAGCUCUCCAGCCGGAAGUUUAAGUAGUUCCCAGUCAAGUAUUCCACGACAAACACCGGAUUUGGUAACAGACAGUGAUGACAUAGUCGAGCAGGUGCAGAUGUCAGAGGAGGAUUUUAAUAAGUUCACAAAGGCAUUCCAAAAACUUGAAAAUACAAAAAAAUGGGUAUUAACAUCUGGGAAGGUUGUUGAAGAUGAGUUAUACAAGUUUGGCAUGAGAUGCAAUUAUGAACAUCUCUGUCAUUCUUUUAUAAUUGAUCCGGAAGACAGAAGCUUUGUUGAAGAAAAUAUUUUCUCCCCUUCUGAACUCAAAGAAAUUUAUACAUACAAUCAAAAAUCAUUUCCGAAUUUGCCCCAAGAUUUGUUAGAAUAUCUUGGUAGUUACCAACUGGCACCUUACAACCGACAAAGGGAUUUUGACAGGGAUUGGAUAAAGAACACCGUUGACAAUUUUAUUCGUGAAUAUGAAGCAGACAGCCUAAAAAAAGGAGAUCAUUUAGAAGGAUGGUUACUGUCACAUGUAUGGUUGUUCAUAGACAAGGCGUUUGAGAACAUAGAAGGUGUCGAAGUAAUUAGGGGAGAAUCUUAUCAAUUCGAUGACUUAUGCAUUCAUAUGGGAUCGAAAGAAAAAAAAGUCAGAAAGCUUGAGACUAUCGGAUUCAUUCAUGCAGGACUUUCUGUACUAUUGCUCAGAUUAGAUUCUCCGGCAGGAUAUGUUAGUAGAAUCUCUCGUUCUAAAAUGCUGACCAUCCCAUCAAAUAUCAGUGAGUUUUGCAAAGGAGUUCUUCCAGCCAUUAAACUUGCGUGGAAGGCAAAGAAAAUCGUUAGCAAUGUCAUUGAGAUGAUGAAUGAAAAUGACGAGGAAAAUCCACUCCAGGCCCUCCAACAAUCAUGCGAGAACACAUCAAUUCUUUCUCCUCCACGGCAUGUAAUUUGUCGCACAACCAGUUUUGAUACUCCAAGUAGUAAGGAUAAAAAAGGUACUUCAAGCAAUACGAAUACUCCAAACAAGGAUAUUAAUGAUGUUGCUAAAAUUUUGAAAGUUAUCAGUGAGAAAGUCUACUGUGGCAAAUUUUUCUCAUAUUCACAGUUACCAAUACCCUCAAUCAUAGACUUCUGGAGACAAUUAACCAGAUUUUCUUCAUGUGCUUUUUAUCUCUGGCUUCGAGCAUUUAUGCGAGGUGGUUAA